AAUUUUUUGAGUAUAUACUACAAUGAAAGUAAGAUCAAACAAAUGGCUCCCACACUCACUAGUAUCUAUAUUCAUACUUCUAAAAAUUGAAAACACAAGUGGGGAGGGUAUAACCCUCAUUGAGGGAGCUGUGGCCAAAGGAGCAGUUUGCUUAGAUGGAAGCCCACCAGCAUAUCAGUUUGAUGCAGGUUUUGGUGAAGGUCUUCAAAAUUGGCUGGUUCAUAUACAGGGUGGAGGAUGGUGCUAUUCAGUAAAAGAUUGUUAUAGUAGGACAUAUAAUCUAUAUGGAUCAUCGAAGAACAUGAAGAGUUCUGACUACAACUUCACGGGUAUUAUGAGCAAUAAGCAAGAAUUAAAUCCGAAUUUCUACAAUUGGAACAGGGCUACAAAUCUUCAUUUCAGGGGUGCAAGGGUCUUUAAUGCCAUUGUUGAGGAGUUGCUUAGCAAAGGGAUGAAGUUUGCAUCAAAUGCUCUUUUGUCGGGAUCUUCGGCUGGUGGAUUAGCUUCCAUACUACACUGUGACAAGUUCCGAGAUCUCUUUCCCAAAAGUACUCGAGUAAAAUGCUUUUCUGAUGCUGGUUAUUUUGCUCAUGUAAAAGACCUAUCUGGAGAAUAUAAGUUUGAGGGAUACUACGAUAUGAUAGUUACAUUACAUGGAUCAUCUAAAAAUUUGAAUCCCGAAUGUACUUCAAAAAUGAAGCCAAGUCUAUGUUUCUACCCACAAUUUGUCAUCCCAUAUGUCAAAACACCUGUUUUUAUAUUACAAACUACAUACGAUACAUUCCAGGUACAAAACAUCUUGGCUACACCACAAGCAGAUCCUAAGGGACUCUUUACCAAAUGCAAGGAAGAUAUCAAUGUGUGUUCAUCUGCACAGAUCCAAAGGCUACAAGAUUUCAGAUGGGAGUUUUUAGAAGCAUUUUUGGUGGUUGGAAAUGGUACAUCAAGAGGAUGGUUUGUUAACAAUUGUUUUACUCAUGGCCAAUGUGAAUACCAAUCAAAAUGGUCAGGAAAUUCUGCUUGGGAAUUGAACCAUAAGGCUAUUGCACAGGCAGUUGGUGAUUGGUUUUACGACAGAGGCACUAUCCAAAUGAUCGAUACCCAAAAUGUGUUGCCACACUAUUGCAUCAAGUAACCAUAUAAAACUAUUAUCUACUGUUUUCUUGGUAAUGUAACAUAAAUAAUAAUGAUAAUGAUAAAGAAAUCUAGAGAUGUGGCAUGCUACUGGUAUUUGACCUCUUGUACUCAGAUAAUGGAGUUCGAAAUAGUUAAGAAUUAAGAAGAAAACAAUGGCAGUGUGUGAAUGUUACCUUGAUGAAAAUGGUGGAUCUCACCCUUCGAUUGAUUGAAUCAGCCUUCCUCAUCGUCUGCUUUCAGGUGAUAAUGGGGUGAAUUCGGCGAUUAUAGGCGAUACAUGUAAUUCCAAUUCUCCAUUCAUCCAGAAUUUCGGACCCUUGACCGUCGGCAGAAAUGGUGUGCAGUGUUCAAAUUCAGAUAUCCUUUCGAUUGGUUUGAACCAUCUGAAAAUUAAUAUCCCUAAAAUCUCCAUCAGUUGUGUAUGCUAAAAAGUUUGCUGAAAUAAAACCCUAGCUCAUGCCCAAGGCUUAUUUUCAUAAAAUACUAUAUUUU